GCCCUGCCCCGCCAUGGACUACGCGGGGCUAGCUGAGGCGGCGGCCGAGAAGAUGGGACUGUACCGGCGGGACCCCUGCGGCUGGCGGGGCUGCCGGCGCACGAGCGAGGUUUCGGUGUCCUGGAGACCUUCCGCCGAAUUCGCCGGCAACGUGUACAGGGGAGAGGGGAUCGUGCCUGCCAGUCCCCAGGACGUCUGGGAAUGCAUAAAGCCGGUGGCUGGCGGCCGCAGGACCAAGUGGGACCAAAACGUGAAGGAUUUCGAGGUCGUCGAAGCUGUCAGCGAUACUGUUUCUGUAUGCAGAACCACAACCCCUUCAGCUUUCAUGAGGAUUAUUUCACCAAGAGAAUUUGUGGAUGUGGUACUAGUGAAGGAAUUUGAAGAUGGGACACUGCUAUCUGCUGCCACCAAUGUGGAACACCCACUGUGUCCUCCUCAACCUAAUUUUGUGAGAGGUUUUAAUUAUCCCUGUGGCUGUUUCUGUAUACCUCUUCCAGGGGAGCCAGACAGGACUCAGCUCCUCAGUUUCUUUCAGACUGAUCUUGGUGGCUAUCUCCCCCAGACUGUGGUUGAUUCCUUCUUUCCAGCUAGCAUCACUGGAUUUUACAGCAAUCUGACCAAAGCUGUUAAGGAACUGAAAGCAUGACAAGACCAGCAGCCAACAUCAUCAGCUGAGGGUACAGAAAAAAAGGCAGCUUGAGGGUAGAAAUAGGAAGCUGGACAGGACUUUACUACCAGCAAGGAUAUUUAGGAAAGGUGAAAGGGAAACUAUGGAUUGAGGAAAUUUUUAACACAGCAUUUCUGCCCAUCUGUGUUCAAAUCAAUGCAUUCUUUUCUAAUACUGUAUCCUUGGAUUUCAUAAUUAGAAAAAUAUCACACCAGCAUGUGGAAGAAUCCUCGAAGCAUUCUCAACAGAACAUAGACCUGUUCUUGGCCCCACUUUGUCAGUGUCUGUGAAAAGGAGCAUUGCUAAAAUCCACUUAGCACUACAGCUCUAGCCAGCUGCAGGUCAGCCCCAUUGUGUCCCUGAAGCUCCCCUCACUGAGCUGCUAAGAUGUUCCAGUGGGUCCAAGCCAGCAAAUGGUGAACACCAGAACAAAUGGGACAAAUCCCACUUGAUCCCACAGACUUCAGUACUGAUGGUAAAUAUGCCUUGAAGUUUUAUAAAUCAAAGUCUACCAGUGCAAAUCAAUUCACAGGUCUGUGAGUUGGCAAACGUUCUUCCUUUCUCCUCUCUGUACCAAAACCAGCAGUUUCCACAAUCUCAUGAAACAAAUUGCACUCACAUAGUGACAAUAAAUAAAUAGGAUUAAGCACUUUACCUGCCAUUUUUAAAAAAUGUGCUUGAAAUAACCAUUUUUAACUGCACUGGUGAGAGGUUUUAACGGGUAAAUAGUCUUUUCUGUAGCUUUGUCUUGAGAGGUGAUAAGGAUGUUGCUUUUUUUUCUAAGACUGAUUUGCCUCAGCAUGUCUUGGGAACUCAGCUCCUGAUCUUGUGUGCAGUGAUGUGUCCAGCUUUAGAAGAUAUUUAUGGCUUUGGUUACUGCAGGGAUAUCAGACACUACUUUGGAUUACAUAUAAUUGCAAAAGGAAAACUAAUUGCUGAAUUAGGGAUUUAAAUGCAGGCUGUGAUUUUAAUGCUUUAACUCAAUUAUUUAACAAGGUUAAUACGCUCUGCUUUCUAUCCAUGUUUUCGUUUCGUAUUUUGUAUAGGACAUGGAAUUGCACACAUGAGUUUCCCACUGUAAAUCUCACCCUAUGGGAUAGAUUUUUCAAAGAACAAGUUUUAAAUCUAGUCUUCUUUGUAUACGAAGAUGUAAAAACUUUGAGUGUCAUGAAAUAAAUAUUU